AUGGUUGGGGUGCAGGUGACGACGGGGGCUGAGCAUGGCACCCAAGCCAGCACGGUGGUGCAGUUCAACAAUUUUCUACGGAAUUAUUUUAAUGACUGGGAAACUUUUGCGGAAGGCUUGUCGUGGGAGAUUAUUUACGUGCAUCAUGAGGACAGUACGGCAAUAAACGCGUGGCAGAAAUGUGUUGUUGUCGCGCACGCAAAUGCAACGGGCAGCAAUGAGCGUGAGGACCCUCAGGCCAUUGCGGCAUUUUGGAAUCAGCGGGUGCGUCAGUGCCAGCUAGCGGUAUCUGCUGAGAAUUUCAGAAGUGAACGACAAACCCAACGUGGGCGGCAACCAGAGGGACAAGGAAAAGGAGGAGGGGAAUAA